AUGACAGACGCGUACAAUGAUACACACGCGCACGACGACGUACAAGAAUACUCGUCUGGCUCAGAGCUAGGCCUCGACGCUGAUGAAGAAGAUUGUCAGGAGCUGCGACGACUGCCACGCGAAGAACGUCUACACGCCAUCGACGACAUGUGCGAUUUGUACAAGAGCGUCGAUGGAUUUGGGGAGAAUUACAAGCUUGUCGAUAAGCUUGGUGAGGGUACAUUUUCAGCUGUGUACAAGGCGAUUGAUUUGAAGCACCACGAUUACGAUAACAAGUAUUGGUUCACCAAGGAGCAAACAGAUACGCGACAGCUUCAGCAUAGGGGUAGAAAGGUUUAUGUAGCUUUGAAAAGAAUUUACCAAACGUCGUGUCCACUGAGAAUACAGAAUGAACUCGAGCUGUUACAUUCACUCAGGCGAUCUAAAUGGGUUUCAACAAUGAUUAGCGCCUUUAGACAUAAAGACCAAGUUGUUGCUGUUAUGCCAUACCACCCUAACAACGAUUUCCGCGAGUAUUAUCGACAUGUGGACUACAAGACUGUGAAGAAAUACUUCAAAUCACUCUUCAAAGCCUUACGCGAUGUCCAUCGAAUGGAUAUCCUUCAUCGCGAUAUCAAGCCUGCCAACUUCCUGUUUUCGCUGCAAGAUCAGAAGGGGGUGUUGUGCGAUUUCGGUCUGGCGCAAUACACGUUGGAUGACGGCUGGCAUGGUCAUUGUCAUCAUACUCAGCCCUCCCGCGAACAUCCCCAUGGACAGAACAAGUUAUCUAUGAAGGAUAUACGCUCUGAGAAGGAUACAAGAGCAGUCGAGCGGACUGCUGAUGUCGUACGCGAGGCUGAUCGUCGUAUGAAUGACCCCAAAUUGCCCGUAGGGUAUAGCACAGAUGAGAAACGACCAAUAGUGCGAGCUAAUAGAGCUGGCACACGUGGUUUCAGAGCGCCCGAAGUUUUGCUCAAGUGUCAAGACCAGACGACGGCCAUCGACAUGUGGUCCGCUGGCGUUAUUCUCCUCUCCUUUCUCAGUCGCCGUUUUCCGUUUUUUAACAGCAACGACGAUAACGAGGCGUUGGUAGAACUGACUACGAUAUACGGACUGAAAAGGAUGAUCAAGUGCGGUGAAAUUCACAACAGAUCUAUCCUCUCGAACAUUCCUCACGUUCAACAUGGCGGUAAACACCUUCAUCUGCUCCUCUACCAACUCAACCCAUUCAUUUUCCCGCGACCGCCGUCAGCAUGGCACCAUGGCGAUGUACAGGGUUUGCGGGGUGAUGGGAAAGAUAAUAGUGAGACAGUCAUGGAUACUGAAAAUACCAACAUCUUUGCACUCUGUAACCAGCCAUUCGAAAAGGAGAUUGGAGAGAAUCUUUUCAAUAGCUUUAAUCAGCAAUUCGCUAAGCCAUGGCCUGAGUUGGAGCUCUACCACGCCAUCGACUUGUGUAAGAAACUUAUGCAUCUCGAUUGCACAAAGAGACUCAAUGCACAGCAGGCGCUGAUGCAUCCUUUUUUGUAUGGAGCUGGUAGCUAA